AAGUGUUACUCUGCCUCGCUCGCGCGCUCUUUGCAGCAAUGGAGGAUCCCCGCACCGAUCCCAGGGACUACGACGACGACGGCCGCCUGAAGCGCAGCGGGACGGUAUGGACGGCCAGCGCGCACAUCAUCACGGCCGUGAUCGGGUCAGGCCUGCUGGCGCUGCCGUGGGCAUCCGCGCAGCUCGGCUGGAUGGUCUACCCGGUCAUGGUGCUGCUCUUCGUCUGCAUCAUCUGCUACACCUCCGCGCUGCUCUCCGACUGCUACCGGUCCAGCGACCCGAGCCACGGCGAGCGCAACUGCACAUACAUGGACUCCGUCAAGGCCAGCCUAGGAUGCGCAGAUGUUGGGAUAUGCCAGUUUCUGUAUACUCCAACAUCUUCGGGGUGGCCAUCGUGUAUACCGUAGCCGCCUCCAUGAGCAUGUUGGCAAUCCAGAGGGUUAACAAUGAUCUACUACAUCUAUAGCAGCAACCAUCUUUUGACAUCAACUGUGAUGUCGCCACCAUGUUCCGCGACCCAGCAGCUAUACAUAGCAUGGUCUUGACGUGAGGUGCCACCCAAGAGAAGACCAUACUCGCACAACGGACAGUCAAGCCAUGAAAAGAGCUGGUCACCACCAAUAGUUCCAACAACGAAGGUGCUCGUCACACUUUGCAACGGAGAUCGAAGAGGGAGGUCACCGACACCGUCAAAUGACUCAAAUCCCAAUUCGGCUCCUCCUUCACGGACGAUGGUAGGAUGAAAGGGGGAAGGGUAAAAUGCGUCACCGCAUCAGCCCAGUCGGUCGUGGCCGCGCCCUUCGUCUUCUUCAGCCGCGAUGAGUCCGUCAACAAUGGAUCCGACGACGGUUGCUUCAUGCCGCUGCCGCCGUGAGGCUUCAGCUGGCACUUGUUCUUCCGAGCGACGACAUGGUCCGUCCCAUCCCCUCUGUCCAUAGCAGCGGGUUGUGGGGACACAAAAACGGCACGGUGGGUAGGGGGUUUGGUGGCAGCCACGAGGGCAGCAACCACUGAAGGAGGUGCCGCGGGUGUGGCAGUAGUGGCGGCGACGACGGUGGGGUCGGCCGUCGUGUUGGAGAUGCUGUCAAGAGCGGUCUGGUGGCCGGCAGCGGUCGUGCACGGGAGGAAGGUGGGUAGCGGUCACGCGCCGGAAAGUUCAAUGUGGCGGUUGAGCAAUCGCGCGUUGUGUUUUUUUUGCUGGCUUCGGUGUGUAUAUUUUCAACCCAAGUGGAUGUAAUUUAGGACUGCCCACAAAACAGUUCAACAAAAUUUACGGACAGCACAGUUGUUGGAGCUAUUUUUUGGUUGAAAAGACCUAAAAAGAAAUUAUUUUGGCUGUUGACCUAGUGUA